AUGAAGCCAACGGAAAUCAAAAAACCCUAUCGAAUGGAGGAGUUUCUGCGUCCGCAGAUGUUCCAGGAGGUGGCUCAGAUGGUGCAUUUCCAGUGGCGGAGAAAUCCGGUGGACAACAGCAUGGUGAACGCAUCCAUGGUCCCCUUCUGCUUGUCGGCGUUUCUUAAUGUCCUGUUUUUCGGCUGCAAUGGUUGGGACAUCAUAGGACAUUUUUGGCUGGGACAUCCUGCCAACCAGAAUCCGCCCGUGCUUAGCAUCACCAUUUACUUCUCGAUCAGGGGAUUGAUGCUAUACCUGAAACGAAAGGAAAUCGUUGAGUUUGUUAACGACUUGGAUCGGGAGUGUCCGCGGGACUUGGUCAGCCAGUUGGACAUGCAAAUGGAUGAGACGUACCGAAACUUUUGGCAGCGCUAUCGCUUCAUCCGUAUCUACUCCCAUUUGGGUGGUCCGAUGUUCUGCGUUGUGCCAUUAGCUCUAUUCCUCCUGACCCACGAGGGUAAAGAUACUCCUGUUGCCCAGCACGAGCAGCUCCUUGGAGGAUGGCUGCCAUGCGGUGUGCGAAAGGACCCAAAUUUCUACCUUUUAGUCUGGUCCUUCGACCUGAUGUGCACCACUUGCGGCGUCUCCUUUUUCGUUACCUUCGACAACCUAUUCAAUGUGAUGCAGGGACAUUUGGUCAUGCAUUUGGGCCAUCUUGCUCGCCAGUUUUCGGCCAUCGAUCCUCGACAGAGUUUGACCGAUGAGAAGCGAUUCUUUGUGGAUCUUAGGUUAUUAGUUCAGAGGCAGCAGCUUCUUAAUGGAUUGUGCAGAAAAUACAACGACAUCUUUAAAGUGGCCUUCCUGGUGAGCAAUUUUGUAGGCGCCGGUUCCCUCUGCUUCUACCUCUUUAUGCUCUCGGAGACAUCAGAUGUCCUUAUCAUCGCCCAGUAUAUAUUACCCACUUUGGUCCUGGUGGGCUUCACAUUUGAGAUUUGUCUACGGGGAACCCAACUGGAAAAGGCGUCGGAGGGACUGGAAUCGUCGUUGCGAAGCCAGGAAUGGUAUUUGGGAAGUAGGCGGUACCGGAAGUUCUAUUUGCUCUGGACGCAAUAUUGCCAGCGAACACAGCAACUGGGCGCCUUUGGGCUAAUCCAAGUCAAUAUGGUGCACUUCACUGAAAUAAUGCAGCUGGCCUAUAGACUCUUCACUUUUCUCAAAUCUCAUUAA